AGCACUACCUACCGGAGCCAGGUUCAUCCGAACAAAAUGAUAAAAGUAUUUUCUGGUUGCGGACAUUGUCCGCAUCACUUGGAAUUUGGCCGGAAAAGAUGGUCGGUGAGAAUAAAAGCUGGUGGAAUCGUCUGUACUACUUCAUGAUCAUUAUGCACUGGUACAACACCUAUCUGCAGGUCGAAUUUUUCUGCGCCAAUAUGGGAGAGCUGAAAACUAUUACGGAGGGCUUGUGUUCCUUCUGCAGCAUAACGGUCACUGGAAUCAAGAUAAUGCGACUGCAUAGUUUUUCCGACGAAAUUUACAUCAUGCUUCAACAGAUGAAAGGGCAUGAAUUUUUGAAAAGCAUCAACUUCUUGAAGAAAGGAAAUAACAAAGACAUAUUCACAAAAAUUGAUAAAAUCAUGAAAGCCAAAUGGAGAGAGGUUAACCUGAAUCUGCGCCUUUACAGCCUGUCGGUUGGUGUUGUGGCCGGAACAUACUCAAUAGUGCCGGCUGUAAUCAAUCUGGUCAAUCUGUUCCAGGGGAAUGACAUUCCCAAGCGAUUUGUUUACAAAACCUAUUAUCGAUACAUGGAGGAGGCCAAGUACCAUAGUCCACUACACGAGCUACUGUUCUGCUCGGAGUCUCUGUCCGGCUUCACGACCUGGGCCGGAGUCAUUUCCUUCGAUGGACUUUAUGUUCUGCUGACGAUGCAUUUGGUCACGAUGUUUAGCUCGUUAAAUCUUAUCAUCAAAGAGACUUCAAACGCUAACUUCAACGACGCCGAAAAGCAAUUCUUUCUGCACGAAUGUAUCAAACAUCAUACGAGGGCUUUGAAGUUUGUUAAGAGUGAGCGCGAUUCCCAAACCUUGGUAAUGAUACUGUAUUUGAUCGCGGCGUUCUAUCAACUGCUCCAGUUCUGCUGGUACGGACAAAGAGUCCAGAACGAGAGCGUGGAAUUACCGAAAUCGGUGUACGAGUGCGAUUGGUACAAGUGCUCAAAAAAGUUCAAAACAACGCUGCACAUUCUACUAUUGGACGUGCAGAAAACGGUGGACAUAAGUGCAUACAACAUGUUUGUGAUGUCACUUGAAACAUAUUUGGCCAUCGUCAAAACCGCUGUAUCGUAUUUUACGGCACUUCAAACAUUGACAGAAGAAUAAAGGAAUACAUUGCCCAACAAA